AUGGUCAGGGAAGACAGCUCACCCUGGAGUCAGAAAUGCAGGUGCUUCCUGCUGGGACUCGUAAUCAUCCUAAUGCUUGGGAUUGUCGUGAUCUUUGUGGCUGUGAUCUUUGCUCGCAGGAGGGACCCACCAGCUGAGUUGCCACAGUGGAAGGGAGGAGGAACGACUAACAAUUUGAAAGAAAUCAUGUUGGGGAGAUGCUUCACUUAUAUCAGGAUGGUGAACCCAGGGCUGAGAAAGGAUUGUCUAAAAAUAUGGGAAACUUUUAAAAGUGCAUUUGUUUCCAAGAACCCAUGCAACAGCACAGAGCAAGAUUAUCAGCCACUGAUGGAGUUGGCUGCUCAUCCUAUACUUUGUAAUAAGACUCUCCUUUGGAGCAAAACCAAUGAGCUGGCUCAUCAGUACACUAAAGUCCAAGGUAGUUUACUCACUCUGGAGGACACAUUGCUGGGCUACAUGGCUGAUGGAGUCACAUGGUGUGGGAAUCCAUCAAGUCCAGAAAUGAACUAUCAAUCUUGCCCACAAUGGAAUGAAUGUGCCAACAAUUCCAACUUGAUGUAUUGGAAAAUGGCAUCCAAAAUUUUUGCAGAAGCAGCCUGUGGUGUGGUCUAUGUGAUGCUCAACGGGUCAAUCGGCCAACCCUUCAGAAAUAGCAGCAUUUUUGGAAGCGUGGAGGUUCACCAUCUGAAUCCAAAGAAAGUUCAUUUGGUGAAGAUUUGGGUGAUGCACAACAUCGGGGGACAGUCAAGUGACUCAUGCUCAGAUUCUUCUAUCAAGGAGCUGAAAUCCAUUAUAGAAGGCAGGAACAUUACAUUCUCCUGUGAGGAUGACCAAAGGAUCCUACUAAAGUCUAGAAACAUAGCCCCAAAGUCCCCAGGCCUAAAGUCCAUAAUUUUGGAAUGGAUGAGCAAGAGAUCCUGGAAAGAGCUGCCAGGGAUCUGA